UGAUACUUAUAUAUGUGUAAAUGUAUCUAUGUCUAAAUGUUUUUGUUAUAGUAUAACUCUCCACAUGGUUUAAUGUAACGUGUUUCGCAGCAUAAGCAUAGUUUUACUGAAAACACGAUCGACAUGACAUAGUUUAUAUGUACAUUAAACUGUUAUAUCCUGCAUUCUCUGUUCGCUACGGUUUGUAAACAACCUAACGAAAAGUUCAAUUCAUGUGUUAAGUUAAACACAUUUAGGCAAGAUAAGGGCUAGUACAAAAUACUACACGAGAUAAAGAUUCAUGUACAUAAUAAAAGUAUUUAACGCUAAGUAGACACUAUUUAAAAUGAAAGGCGACGUGAAUUUAAUUGAUUUUGUUGGAUAUGAAUUUUUUCAAAUUACAUUUACGGUAGCAGUAUGUUUUAUACCGUAUAUGUUCUUUAAAUAUACCUUGGUGAUACUCCUAGGCUAUGUGAUAUGGAGGGUGUUAUACAGAAUAUGGUCAGCGUUCCUGGAGCAGACGAUAGACAUUUCCGGUCGCGGUGUUUUCAUUACAGGAUGUGACUCAGGAUUCGGUUUCGCAUUUGCAAAGCAUUUCGAUGAACUUGGCUUUAUUGUGUUUGCUGGGUGUUUAAACGAAAAAGGGGAUGGUGCCAGGAAACUUAGAAGUGACUGUUCGAAACGUCUCCAUAUUGUUGAAAUUGAUGUCACAAAAGAAAGAAGUAUUUCCAGUGCGUUCGCCUAUAUCAAGAAACAUAUUCCAAGAAAUGGUCUAUGGGGAAUUGUGAAUAAUGCUGGUGUCAAUUUCUUUGGCGAGGUGGAAUUGACUACAGUCUCUCUAUAUGAAAGAACAUUUAACAUCAAUCUUUACGGACCAAUUAGAGUAAUGCGGGAAUUUCUUCCACUUAUAAGGCAAUCACAAGGAAGGGUUGUCAAUAUUACAAGCGUUCACGGGCGAAUGACUCUGCCUGGACAGUCAAACUAUGAGACUGCAAAACAUGGUGUUGAAACACUAUCAGAUUCUCUGAGACUAGAAAUGAAGAAGUUUGGAGUAAAAGUGAGCAUUGUUGAGCCAGGCAUGUAUGGACGAUGUACUUCCGUGCAUAAUACAGCAGUGGUAAAAAGACAGACUCGAGAGAUAGAUGAAAUGUGGGAAAAUGCAUCUCAACAAGUAAGGAAAGUGUAUUCGAAAGAGUACUUGAUGUCUUGGCUCCCAAAGCCAACAGGGACAUGGCCUCCAUCUGAUGACGUCACACCCGUUGUCUCAGCUGUAGAACAUGCGCUUGUCAGUGCGUCACCCAAGAGUCGAUAUUUAGUGGACGGGGUUGGCUCCAAGUUAUCUUUUAUAGACGAGUAUGCGACAUUGGCAAGAUUUAACAAUAUUCUACCGACAUGGAUAAUUGUGAAAUGUGUUGCAGCAUGGAGAAAUUGUUAUAAAAGAAUUAAAUAGAUUAUAUUUGACUGCUGUAUUGAUACUCCUUGUAGUAUGUACAUGAAUACAUAUAAAUACAAAUAAAGUCAGCUGUAGCCGCCGCA